GGAGAGGAGGGCUCGCAGGGGCUGAUAUGUCCGCCAUCUUGGUGCGUCGGUGAUGGUAGCAAGCGGUGGCUUUCCCGCCUGAGCGGAGGCAGCCUGGGGUCUGUGGCGAGGAAACGCGCUUGCCGAGCGAGGAUACCCUGUAAUGGGCAAGAAGCCCGGGAGAAUACAAAUCGUUUUGGUUUUUAAUUUUUAAAAGAACUUUUGUGUUUAACAGGAUCUGGGCUCCUGUUGAAAAGUGAUGGAGUAAUCUGUGGCCGGCACCUGACAUGUUGAGGGAGCACCCCCUAAAAGAGCUUGCCUGGGAGACAGUUUGUGAAAUAACGCACUAACAUGUUUGCAGUAACCAGCAUGUUUUGGAAAUUUGAUCUCCAUUCGUCAUCCCACAUAGAUACGCUUCUAGAGAGAGAAGAUGUAACACUGAAGGAACUGAUGGAUGAAGAGGAUGUUCUGCAGGAGUGCAAGGCUCAGAAUCGCAAACUUAUAGAGUUUCUGCUAAAGUCAGAAUGUUUGGAAGACUUGGUUUCGUUUAUUAUCGAAGAACCACCUCAAGACAUGGAUGAAAAAAUUCGAUAUAAAUACCCGAAUAUAUCAUGUGAGCUGCUUACAUCAGAUGUCUCACAGAUCAAUGAUAGACUGGGAGAAGAAGAAUCCUUACUUAUGAAACUGUACAGCUUCCUCUUAAAUGAAUCUCCUUUAAACCCUUUACUGGCCAGUUUCUUCAGCAAGGUGCUAAGUAUUCUUAUAAGCAGGAAGCCAGAACAGAUAGUGGAUUUUUUAAAGAGGAAACAUGAUUUUGUAGACCUCAUCAUUAAACACAUAGGAACCUCUGCUAUCAUGGACUUGUUGCUCAGGCUACUGACUUGUGUAGAACCUCCACAGCCCCGGCAAGAAGUGUUAAAUUGGCUAAAUGAGGAGAGAAUUAUCCAACGGCUUGUGGAAAUAGUACACCCAUCUCAAGAUGAAGAUAGGCACUCAAAUGCAUCACAAUCGCUCUGUGAAAUUAUUCGUCUAAGCAGAGACCAGAUGUUACAAGUACAGAACAGUUCAGAACCAGAUCCACUGCUUGCAAGUCUAGAGAAACAAGAAAUCAUAGAGCAACUGUUGUCUAAUAUUUUUCAUAAAGACAAAAAUGAAUCUGCAAUAGUCAGUGCAAUUCAAAUACUGUUGACCUUGCUGGAGACAAGACGGCAGACAUUUGAAGGCCCUAUAGAAAUCUGUCCUCCAGGCAUGAGCGAUUCAACAUAUUCAGUCAAUAAAAGUGUUUUAGAAGCCAUAAAAGCACGACUUUCAUCCUUCCAUGAACUCCUACUUGAACCUCCAAAAAAGAGUGUCAUGAAAACAACCUGGGGUGUAUUGGAUCCACCUGUGGGAAACACACGUUUAAAUGUGAUUAGAUUAAUAUCUAGCCUCUUACAGAUGAAUGCAAGCAGUGUGAAUCAGGAGCUUAUAGAGCUUAACAGCAUAGGAGUAAUACUGGACAUGUUCUUUAAGUAUACGUGGAAUAACUUUUUACAUACUCAAGUAGAAAUCUGUAUCGCAUUGAUUCUUGCAAGUUCUCUUGAAAGCACAGAAAACGGCACAGUUACAGAUCAGGAUUCUACUGAGGAUAAUCUCUUACUGAGACAUCUCUUCCUUAAGUGCCAACUAAUAGAACGAAUACUUGAAGCAUGGGAGAUGAAUGAGAAGAAACAGGCUGAAGGAGGAAGACGGCAUGGCUACAUGGGCCAUCUGACAAGGAUAGCAAAUUGUAUUGUGCAUAGUACAGAUAAGGGGCCAAACAGCACACUAGUCCAACAGCUCAUUAAAGAGCUUCCAGAGGAAGUCAGAGAGCAAUGGGAGACAUUUUGCACAAACUCCUUAGGGGAAACAAACAAGAGGAAUACAGUGGACUUGGUUACCACUUGCCACAUUCAUUCUUCCAGUGACGAUGAAAUUGACUUUAAAGAAACGGGCUUCUCACAGGAUUCUUCUUUACAACAGGCCUUUUCUGAUUAUCAGAUGCAACAAAUGACGUCCAAUUUUAUUGACCAGUUUGGCUUCAACGAUGAGAAGUUUGCUGACCAAGAUGACAUCGGCAAUGUUUCUUUUGAUCGAGUCUCAGACAUCAACUUUACCCUCAAUACAAAUGAAAGCGGCAAUAUAGCCUUGUUUGAGGCAUGCUGUAAGGAGCGGAUACAGCAGUUUGAUGAUGGUGGUUCUGAUGAAGAAGACAUUUGGGAAGAAAAACAUAUUGCAUUUACACCGGAGUCCCAAAGACGUUUCAGUUCCGGCAGUACAGACAGUGAAGAAAGUACAGAUUCUGAAGAAGAAGAUGGAACAAAACAAGACUUGUUUGAAUCCCAUACUAAUACAGAGGACAAAAUGGAAGUAGACUUAAGUGAACCACCAAACUGGUCAGCUAACUUUGAUGUACCCAUGGAGACUGCACAUGCUGCCAAUCUAGAUUCUGUUGGCUCUGAUGUGUGGAGUACAGAAGAACCUAUGCCAGCAAAAGAAACUGGAUGGGCUUCCUUUUCUGAGUUCACCUCCUCUUUGAGCUCAAAAGAUUCCUUAAGAAGUAAUUCUCCUGUGGAAAUGGAAACAAACACAGACCAAAUUGAUCCCUUGAGUGCAAAUGUAACUACUCUUGCAACACAGCUAGAGACCCCAGGAAGUGUUGCAAUGGAGGCCAGCUCAGAUGGAGAGGAUGAUGUAGAAAAUGCAGACAAAGUAACCGAAACGGUAAUGAACGGCAGCAUGAAGGAGACACUGAGCCUUACUGUAGAUGCUAAAACUGAAACAGCUGUUUUCAAAAGUGAGGAAGGAAAAUUGUCUACCUCGCAGGAUGCUUCAUGUAAAUAUGUAGUAGAAGAUAAUGCAGAGGUUGCAGAAGAGGCUUCUUCACCUCUGCAGCCCACUAACAGCAGUCCAGAACAGAGCCUGGAGCGCUCAGCGUGCUAUUGUAGGAAAGAAAAGGAAACAUUUUUCUUUGGCAGCUUGGCUACUAGUGCACUCCUGAAGAAUAGCUAUUCAAGAUACAAUUCUGAGAGGAUAACCAGCAAACCAAGAAAGCUGCUCUUACAUAAAUUUGUUUCUCUUAUUGCCAGGACUGAUCAACACAUUCAUUUAGGAGAGGCGUCUGUUAAUGGCCCUGUAUGAUAUGUGAUGACUGCUACCUUGGCUGAAGAAAAUGAACUGAUAUCCAGGUGUUUCUUAAGGAUUUCAUCUAGACCCUGUUGAAGCCAGUCACUGCUGCACUAAUUUCACAAGGGAUCAGGACCAGCAACAUUUAUAUUCUAGAUUUUGAGACAUUGUACAGAAAUUCAUAAGUGUAAAAAUAUUGCACAGUGAGAAAUACCAAUAAUUUUUGCGUAUGUUUAUAUUGUAUUGUUCUAAAUAAUGGGUGGCUUGUGAAAUAAGAUCCUGCUACCCAUGUAAUGACAGUAGUGUUACUAUAGUUAAAAUGGCUGUAAGAAUAGUUUUAUAAAAAAGUGAAUACAUAAAUCUAAUGUAUUUGAAACAUAACUAUUUGAUGAUUAGUGUGACCAAAGUAUUUAGCAGUUUUCAUACAUUUUUCACCUUGUAAAAAGAAAAGAAAAAAAUGAAUUCAUGUUUCUUCUGAAACGGAAAUGCCCUAUAAAUGUUAUUUUGGUCGUUUUAGCUUAAAGUGAUUUAAAUAAGAGGUUUUUGGUGUUCAAUAUUUUCCAACAGGUUUUUUAAUUGGUAAUUGUUUUCUGUAUUGUUUAAAACAGAUCAAAAAUGUAAGUCUAUUGGUAGAGAUUUUAAGUAUUUAUUGCUACAACUUAGUUGACAAAUUGAUGUUACUGUAAAGCCAUAUGUUCUGUUAAGUCUUGUUUGCUUGAAACAAUACCGUACAGGUGAAACACUAGAAUAUUUGAAGUGCACAUGGCUUGUUGUGUUUAAGUGAUUCACCUGCCUUUUAACCCAUUCACCAAGAUUUAGUUUAAUACCAAGCAUUAUACAAUGGAAAAUUUCAGAACAAUCUGCGUAUUUAAAACGCUAUACUCCUUUUAGACAAGUCAAGUAAAUGAAAUGCCUGUGCUGCAAAUGUAAUUACAGUACAUGCAUUUUAAAAAUAUGUAGUGUUUUUAAUACAAAUUUUGACAGCAGAGCAUGUUAAUUGUUACUUUCACUGUAUUGAUCUGUGUGAGGCUUUCAUUUGUAUGUUCUAAACCAGCUUUUUCACAGCUGGUUUGUGUAUAUAUAUAGUGAUUAUGGAAACUAAUUCUGUGUAAUUUAUGAUUUUCUAUGUUAGUGUAAAAUUCAAACAGCCUUCUCAAACAAACAGAAGCAAUAUACUGUAUAUUGCCACAUUGUCUGGUGAAAGGGUUAAAGUACUUCACCUUCUGCACUUUUAGAUGCAAAUUCAUUUUUGUUUCUGUAAUAGCUAUAUUCAUUUAUUUUUUUCCAUCAUUUGUUUUCCUGACCAGUAUUUAAAGCCAAAAGGAUAUUCUAAACAAUAGCCAAUGAUUUAUUUUAGAAGGUAUCCCAAGCAAUGUGCCUAAACUUUACAUUGCAUACAGAAAUAAAAAACCCCAAACCACA